UGGACACUAAAUUUUCAAUACAAAAUGACGUAGAAGAGGAGAUGGGCAUCAUCCACGAAGAAAGUAGCGAUGAAGACAACUCCUCAAAGGAUGAACACCAAACCGGUGUCGAAGAUAGAGAGACUAAUCCUGUAAGGCCCACUGUGAUGGGGCAAAGAGUCAAGAGAACUGAGGCUACAAAGAAGCAAGGGCUUGAUUUUUGGAAUUUAAGAGCCAUUCUAAAGCAAAAUAAAGGUGAAAUAUCAGAUAUAAAGAGCAGAGAGAAUUCAAAUAAGCUCAUAGGCCCUUUGAAGAAGGAAAGAAGUGGGAAGAACUUAAUUAGUGAGAAAUUGAGUAAGCAAAAUUCUGAUUUUGCUGAGGAGGAAAAAUUCAACAAGAAAGAAAACAGAGGAACUUUUGAAGGCUUCAGAGAUAUUUUUGAUAGGAACAGAGAUCAGAGAUCGAGCAGCUGUAAAUCAGCUACAGCUUCUUUACAAUUUUCUAAUAAUAGAUUCUUUAGGAAGCAAUUUACUUCAAGUCCUUUUAAACCCCUUCCUAAACGUUCUUAUAAAAUCAGCUCAUCCACUUCAAAAAGGAGGACACAUGUAUCUUCAUUUGUGGGUGUAGCAAAUGGCAAGGCUACAGAGCCUAGCCUCAUCGAUUUUAGAAAGCAAAUGGAGUCACAUAGCAAGUGCCUAUCUGAGGUAUCUAGAAGACUUAGUAGAAGGAGAAGUGAUACUAGGAUGUCGGUCCCAAUUAACAGAUAUCCCUCAAAUAGCUCACUUUCAUCAGAAUAUUCUGGACGUAUUGGAAAUACUUCAACUACCACUUUCACUAGUGAUAUCACCUGGGAGUUCAGAUCGUGUAAGCUCCAGCCUCUGGAUCCUCGCUACAAAUCUCACUUGGUUGAUGCUGAGUUUCCCUUCAUCAACAAUGAGAAGAGAAAUAAAAUGAAGAUGAUGAGACAAUUCAGCAGAGUCGGUGAGACCCUUCCUGAACUAAUUGAGUGAGAAGAGAAAUUGGAAGAAGAAUUCGACCUGUUCUCCAGCCGUCACAGAAGAAUCAACAUCAUGAAGGAUCUUAAUGAAUUCGGUCGUAAAGGAAAAAGGCAUAGAUCUCUUGAUGGAGGCAGGAAGAGAAAAGCUAUAACUCCACAGUGGCAAUACGACGUUUCGGAGACAGAGGAAGAGGACUCUAUUAGUGACGCUGAUUUAGAGAAAGAUAAUAAAAGCAAAUCAUUUUCUAAAAUUUCGAGAAUUUUUAACAAAAUCUAUGCAGAUCAUUUUGAAAGACCAAUCAGAAUGAAGCAGAUCAAGGAGAGAAAUAAUAGAAAUAUUAACACACUUGGGGACACUCCUAUUAAUGAAGACUCUCACGACAGCAGCGAAGAGUCCAGGGAGGAAAAUCCUAGUGAGAACUCUUCCAGUAAUUUGUCUUUCAAGAGGAGAUAUGUUAGGACCUUCUUCGAUAAGAUUGACAAGCCUGAGAACAAGACUGUCUCAGCAAGCCAGAAGUACUAUGAGAUAAUAAGCGAGCCAAUUCUAGAAGGAGAGGAAGAAAACGAGGGUGCUGAAAAUAACAGCUUAAUCAGAUCAGAAACAUACGAAAAGUUUAAAUCUAGACAUAAUAGGUGGAAAUUUUUUGAUAAUGUUCUUGACGCAAAAGAGCCUGGCACUUCUAGGAGAAAAAGUUUCAUGAAAACAACAUCUUCUUUCGAUAAUGAGCCAAUAGUUGAGGAAAAUAUAGAAGAAAAUGACGAAGAAAACGAACAAGUUGACCCUUACUACCACCACUUCAAGAGAAGUCUUAAACCUGAUGAAACCAAGUCUACAGAUAAGCAGGUUGAAGACUUGCUUUAAUUAGUGAUUUACAAGGCAUGAGAGGUAGAACAGCUACAGUUACACAAGCUGUGAACCUUUGAAAAUAUGGUAAGAUAAUUAGAUCAUAAUAA